CCCGCGUCCAACAGUGGAGGGAAAGUUAAAAACCUGAAGUUAAAAUUAUGAUUGCGCAUUUUAACAUGACAGUCUAUGGUUGAGUGAUGUCCGUGCUGCUAAGGUAUGCCUUCGAAUCUGGUUGACAGAUGGACCGAGGAGAAUAACAAAGUCGCCAAAAAGUGGAAGGAAUAUGAAACACACCAGCAUCCUAUUCAGGACAUCAGGAAGCACUGCUAUACAGAGUAUCUGAAACUACAGCAAAAAGUCCAAGGUGUGCCAGCCCAAACAGGACAUCUUAAGCUUGAGAUCGCUGUUACAUAUAACACUUUGCUGUUUGCGCUGACUUAUGGCACACCUAGCGAGACAAAGGACUGCAUCACCAAUAUCCUAAUAAGGGUAUUGGAUGCUGUACAUAAGCAGGUGCCCGGUCAUGACUUAGUUACAUUAUGGCAUGUUGUGCUGAAGACUUUCUGUGGAACUGUGUAUGAGCCAUGGGUCCACAAACUCCUGCUGAUUCAGUGGGCAGUCUGGCUCUCAGAACAGCACUAUGAAGAAAUCCUGCAUUUGCUUCAACAGGUUACUCACAAAGAACAGAGCACAGCAUCAGGGGAUCUGCUUGCAGAAACCCGAAACCUUACCAUCUCUACAGAAGAAGACACCUCUCUGCAUGUUGCUUUAGCAACCAAGGACCUCAAGGAGCUUUUACAUGUGUGCACUUUUAUUUCUCAUGGAGUGGAGCAGAUAAAGGGAGAGAAAUAUAUCGAUGCUCUCGUAGCUUUGCAGGAAGCCAGCACUCAGCCCUCACCCAGAGCUCUCUUGGCUCAUGUUCACAUGCUCACAGGCUUUUGUUACUCCAAGCUGCAAAAGCCCCAGAGUGCGCUUCAGUGUUACAGAAAAGCCUUGGAAGUGGACUUUAACUGCCACAGGGCUCUUUAUGAGAGCUCACUAGUAUACAGACAGCUGGGUAACACCAAUGCUGAAAUAGAGGCUUUGCAUCUUCUGCACUCUGCAAUAAUGUUGCAUGCAGAGAGUGAUCCAUCAAAUCCAUCAACAAAUUUAAUAACUCCUGAUAUGCUGCUUGGUAGUGAACAAAUCAGCUUCACCUACCAAAUUCCUUCUUCUCAUCAUAUAUUACACACUCUGGGGAAUAAUUGUGUGCUCAAUAACAGGACUUCAGAAGGCGCUGAAUACUAUCUCGACCUUUUGGCUUGUUUACAGUCAGAUUCAAAACAAAUGCCUAUGGACGAUAGCUUGUCAUUACCAAGAAUUCCAGUGAUUUACCUUGAAGCAGCCUUUGCCCUGUUAAAAGCCAAACGGCCUUGGGACACUCUUGCCAUUUGUGAUGAGGUCCUUGCUAAAACUGUUGACCUCAUCCCAGAGAGAUUGUUGAUUACGCCCUGCGGGACAGUUUCAAGAGAACUCGUACCUUUCACGCUAGAAGCUGAUGCUCCAGAGGAGAAGAUGGAGUGUGUGCUCUGGUCUGGAGCUGCAUACUUAAUCCAAGGGCAGGUGCAUUUCCAGCUCAAAGACACAAAAGAGGCGUUGACCAGUUUUACUAGAGCUAUCAGUCAAAUAGUGAAAGUAUGUGUUAAGCAGAAAAUAAAAGAUCAAGAAGUCGAGAGAGAACCUGCUGAUCACACAGUGAUGGUCCUUGAAGCUUUGAAAGGAAAAGCACUUAAAUUAAGAGCUGUAUGUUUCGUAGAGAGAGGUCAGUUAAAGGAGGCUUUAAGGGACUUCCAGCUCAGUCUUCAGGCCACUCCAGGGUGCAGGAACACUGAAAUGUGGCUGGUGGAGAUAAUGUGGAGGCUGGACCGCAAACAGGAGGCAGCAGCCAUGUGGACGCAAAUCAUAAAUUCCACACAAUCAUCAAUACCAACAGAAUUGCCCUUAUAUCUACAAACAUGGCAUGAGGAUCCUACGUCUUUUGACACAAGCAGCCUGAAGAGGAAAAUGGAGGAAUUUAUACAGAAUGGUUUAGUAACAGCGUAGUAAUAUAUUGCGUUAUUAUAUACCGUCAUUCACCUAAAGUACUUAAUGACUCUUUCUUGAUGAUCACUCACCCUGGUCAUUCAGUGCAAGACAUCACAGGCACGCCAAAGCCAUUUACCAGCAAUGGUCCUGGUUGAUGGCAGGAAUCUGGAGAACAUCAACUCCUCCAACAAUAACUGAAGAAUGAAAACUGUGUGUGUAUGGAAAGAAUGAGAAAAAGCACACCCUGAUUCAGUAGCUCAGGAUCAGAAACGCUGGAUUCAGGCACUACUAGGCCUUAGCCCUACGUGCUGCACCUCCUACUGCCCAUCUUUUUCUCAACAAGUACAAUUGUAUACAAUGUACUGUAUACUGUACCUAGGGAAUAAACAUUUUAUGACAAAUUCAAGUUAUAUGAAAUGAUUUUCAAAACUGCAAUAAUUUUGAACUUCAUGCUUUGGGGUUAGAAAAAUGCCAUGCUGUAUCACCUUUGGCAGUAAUGUGUCAAAAAAUGAAAAUGUAGACUCUGUACAUGACUUAAUCCAUGUUUAAAAAUGAUUUACUAUUUAUUGCAUUGUAUACACAGUGAGCCUUUAUUAUUAAAUAACUUGAUUAGUUUGGUAAAAUGUA